AGAGUGACGUGUGUGCAUGAGUGUGUGUUGGUGGGAGGUGUGCAGGCCUCCAGAGCCAGCGCGAGGGCAGGUGGCUUCAGCUUCCCAGGGCCCUGACCUGGGAAUACACGCCAGCGCGUCCACUGCUGUUUGGGUUUUGUGGGUGAAAUACCGAGGAACCUGCAGGACAGGUCUUGGAGGCUCCUCUGCCUCCCCCGACUUGCAGGGACCUGCCCGUCCCUCCCCCUGUGCCAGUCUCCCUGGGGACGGCCCUGCCCUGCCCUUGCCCAGGGAGAUCCACCCCGGGAAGCGAGAGAGGACACCGUGUGGGAGUCGCUGUCAUCCCGGGAGACUAACCCUGGUUCCGCGCCCUUCUUCAGGCCAGUAGAGAUGGCGGGUGAUCGGGCUGCCCUCCCAGGACCCCUGCUGGGCCCGCACCCUGAACACAGGGCUCCCACCGAGGCCACAGAGCAGGUGGUUGAUCACUGCCUUUGGACCCAGGAAGCUAUGGGUACGGGGCUGGCUCCCCACAAGGCUGGGGCAGGGAAAUUGCUGUUUCCUGCUCUGGAGUCUCGUAUCAGCUUUAACUGGUCGACAGUGAGGAAGAGCUCUGUACACGAUACAACACGGCCCCUGGUACUCUGCCACCCUCGGUGAUGGGUUGAUGAGGACCUUUUGCAUCUGUGUUCAGUGAUGUCAGUUGUCACCAGCUUUACCCUUUCCGUGGACAUCCAUCCCCGCCUGUCAACACCUCAUUGCCUAACCUGGUAGAGCCACGCCUAUGCCUCUGCCCCAUUUAUCUGGGGGAGAGGGUGACGUUCAUAUUCACACCUGAGCUCCUGUGUGCCAGGUGCCAUGCAAAGGGCUCUAAAGGGUGAUCUCAUCUUGUCCUCACUGUUUAUUCCUAUGUUCCAGGUGAAGCAACUGAGGCUCAGAGAAGUCACAAAACAGGUUCAUGGAAGAGCCGGGAAUUUGCAUCUGGGUUUGCCUGACUGCAGAGCCCAACCCCUUCUGUCCCGCAUCACGCAUCACGGCACAGCUCAGCUUCUGAUAACCGACCUUCACACGCCAGCCGCUGAGGACAGCCAGGCCCUGCCCCCGCAGCCCUUGGAGCCCUGAUGAGAGCUGGCAGCCAGGCUCAACCACUCCAUCAACACCUGACUGCAUGAACUGUGGCAAAGCACGGGCACAGCUCUGCUCAGGGACCUGGCUUUGCUCUGGCAGAAGGGCGGGGGCUGUGGAUCGAUGCUACCCUCCUGAACCUUCCAUGCAUUGACGCACAGUGCCCUGGGCCACGCUGCGCCCAGUUUACAGGUGAGAACCAUGAACCAGAGAGCUGCAAUUUGCCCAACACAGAUGACGCAGUUAAAAGCAGACUUUCCUGCUUGGCGGUGGGGAAAGGAAGGAAAUCGAGUUGCUCCGCUUCACCUUCUCCUGCUUCCUUGGUGUCUCUGGAAGGACCUCUGCAGAGUCCAAGGGUCUCCGAGACCAAGUUCAAGUCCACUGGAUGAAUGACCUCAAAGGGAGCUGGAACUGUGAUUUUCCAAGCCACUUUGCUCCUUCUGAUGGCUUGUCCAGGUGCCCAGCUCACGCCCCAAGCCUCCUGCUUCCUCCCCACCUCACGGGCUCACCAUUAGGUACACGCAUUCACACAUGAAGGCUUGAGCCUCGUGCAUGUCCUCGCGCACGCGGGCGCACGCACACGCAUCUUCCUGUAUUAAACACAAAGGUUUUCAUCACCACCGUAAACUUCAAAGGCUUGGAACUUGGAACCAACACCUUUCCAGCCUCUUAGUGAGUCCCAGACCCCUCGGGGGAGAGCAGCUUGUUCUCCUCAAUGUAAUUAGCACCACCGCCACCCAGCCCCCCCAUCCCCUGGCGAUGGGGACUUAGAGGAACAGACGGGCCUCCUAAACCACUUACCAAGUGCGUCUUGAUAUCAAAAGAUUUGUAGCACGGAGUUCUAGCGCCUCCGCAAUAUCAGUUCCUGUAAUCGUUUCGGUUUGUCAAUUUUUUUCAAAACAUCAGAUACAAGUUUGAAAGGCGGGCGGGUCAUACACGUGAGCCCUGGCCCCUCCAGCCUGCUCUCCUCUGGCCUCUGCCCCAAGGCCAGCCCGGAACCCCUUCCCCUGCCCACGGACAGGGCAGGCAGUGAGUGACUGCAGGACGAGCUACUUGGGAAAGAUUACUGAGCCCUCAGGAAUCACAAAACAUCGUCCUUUUCCCAGGAAAGCAGACUUUGACUUGUUCGGCUACUUUUAUUGUGAGAUUUAGCACCGAUGUGCUUUGGUUUUGGGUGAUGGUUUAAUGCUGAAUUAAAGUGGCUCUCAGUUAAACACAGGCCACUUUAUGUCCCUGUGUCGCCUUGGGCAUGAAAGCACGAUGAGGCCCCCAGAGACUGAGGGUGCAGGUGGAAGGAUUAAAGGCAGGUGGGGCCCCGGGGUGUACCCUGGAGGCUGACUUGAAGACCAGACGCCUGGAGAAAGCAGCAGGACCUGCCAGGAGGACCCGCCAACCCAGGAAGACCCAGGAAACGCUCAGAACAAUCCAGGCCUUUGGCUGCCUCCGCACUCGGCGGACUUCAUUCCGCAGGUGAGGCCUCGAAUCAUAAACGCGAACCACCCGGCAGCGUGUGAUCCCUGAGUAGGAGGCACAAGGCCGUGCCUGUGUCCUGGAAGAUGACGUACCUGGUUAUUUGUCAGACUUCAGUUCAACGAUGCACAGCUCCGAUCCCAGAUCAGUGGUCUCCUCCCUGAACUGAAACUGCAGCCCAGCCCGGGACAGGCCUGGAGGAAUCUUGAUGAUUCACACAAGACCAAGACUGAGCAAACGUCAUUCUCAGAGCUGGCUCAGGCUCUGAGGCUGGAACGGCCUUCGGUGGGAGGUGAGAACGGGCCAGGACCCCUGGUUCCCACACAAGGAGCCCCCCCAUCCCCCCAGCUGAGAAGACCCUCUCCUGGCAACGAGUGUGACUAAGAAAGUAUUGCUUUUCCCGUGGUCAGUGGAAGUCGGAAAGUAGAGCAAAGCGUCGCCAUCCCCUCCCGGCCUUGAAAAGUAAGAAGCAGUAGAGGAGCUGGUCAAGAAUACGUGCGCAGUACAGAGGCCACCGCUGUCCCCAGAUUCAUGCCAGUCGGACAUUCGGCUUUGAGGGGAGAAGUCCGCUCUCCGCUGGAUCUGCCAGGCCUCAUCACCCUGACUGUGCUCGGGCCUCUCUAAGGAGCCGGGCCAGCAGCAUCCCAUAAUAAAGAGCAAGUCGGACAAAAGUGCCAGGUAGCAGACGGCUUGCAGGGAGUUGGGAGAUCAUCAUCUAAACCCAACCCAAACUCAAACUACAGACCAUUUGUUGAAGAGACUGUCUUUGCUCCAUUGUCGAAGCUCAGGUGACUCUCUUGAUAGGGGUCCCUCUCUAGGUUCCCUAUUCUGUUACACUGAUCUACUUGUCUGCUCUCCAGCCAGCACCACACUGCCUGGAUCACUGCAGCUCGACAGUAAGUUUCGAAGUCGGGCAGCAUCCGGCCUCGUUCCUCUCCUUCCGUCCUUCGCUGGCUCCUCUGGGUCUCACCACUUUGGAUCUGCAUGGAUUCCCACAGGCAAAGCCACCUCUUCUCACUCCGUGGCUGGUCCUUCCCCGGGCUUCCUGGGAGUCGAGCUCCGAGCGUGUGUGCCUGGUGGGCAUCCCACUUCACCUUCUCGAGAACCUCCUCUUAAAAACACCCCUUUCUUCAGCUCUGUCCAUUCCCAUUCCCGAAACCAGAAGCUCAGACUUUCAGCCAUGGCCUUGCUAAAAUGUGCAGGGGUUCCCAUGCAUUGGAGGAUAAACGUGAAUUCCUCUCGCCUCUGACAAAUCUCGCUUGUCUUCCUUUCUUCAUCUCCCGCUUUCUCCCCUUCACCCUGGGCUGCAGCUGCACCAGCCUCUUUUCUGUCCCUUGGCCACACCGAGCCUCUCCCACCUUUGGACCUGGAACCUGUUGGCCUCCGCCUGGAAGGCCCCUUCUCCCCCUCAGGUCACCCUUGUGUGCCACCUCUGCAGAGAAGACUUCCGCAACCAUUGCUGCAGAAGUAACCUCCCCACCUGCUGUCCAUCACCACCCUUUAUUUCCUUGAUAGCAUUUAUUGAAAGUAUCUCAUUAUCUUGCUUGUUUCUGUUAGUUUCCUCGCUAACUAGCUGUGUUGUGGUUGGAAUACAUAUGAGCCUCUGGAGGAUCUGGGGACAGCCUGCUUCUAUCUAAAGAAAAAAUAUUUUUCUUUUCUCCUCCUCUGAAAACCCUCUUGGGAACCCUAAGGUUUUCAGACUUCGGAAACCAAAGAAAAGGAAAGGGAGUUCUUUUCAGGCAAAGACAACCUCUGUUCUUCCUCCUGCCAAAACCCUCAGCUGCAGGCAGUGAAGAGCUCAGAGCCAGUGGUUUCACUGAGUGGAGGGUGUGAAGACUGGGGGGGGGGGGGCGGGGGGAUUCCGGUAGGCAAACCCAGAACUCAUCUCUCUAGAGGCUGUCUACCAGCCUCUCUGGAGGUGUCCCCACUGGUCCCGGGGACUCUGGGCGGUGGGGAGGAGAGCCCAGCCUUUCCCAGAGCUGCUGGCGUCAGUGCAACUAGCCGGCCGGCCCACUGCCUGGGCCUGGACUCCUGUUCCAACAGGACCUGGACUUCAGGCAACCGCAGGGCCGGGCGCGUGCAUGGUGAGAGGCAUCCCAGCUCCUUCUUCAGCGCCAGCAAGUCAAGCCGGGGCCAGAACACCAGCCGCCGGCCCUGCACCCGGCCACCUCCCGGCGCCCGGCCACGUCCGUGUGCAGGACCUCCUCCCCGCAACGGUCAGGGCCAAGCAGCUGACCGAGGAGCAGGUGGCCGAGUUCAAGGAGGCCCUCUCCCCUUUUGAUGAGGACGGAGACGGCGCCAUCAGCACGCGGGAGCUGGGCACCGUCCUGCGGUCGCCGGGCCAGAAACCCACUGAGGCCGAGCUCCAGGACCUGGUGGGCGAGCUGGACCGCGACGGCAGCAGCACCGUGGGCUUCCCCGAGCUCCUGGGCCUAAUGGCCCGUAAGGUGAAGGGCAGGGACGCCAAGGACCAGAUCCGGGAGGCCUUCUGCGUCUUCGACAAGGACGGCAACGGCCUGAUGGGCACGGCCGAGCUGCGGCACGUGAUGACCCGGCUGGGCGAGAAGCCGAGAGACCAGGAAGUGGACGAGAUGAUCCGGGCGGCGGACGUGGACGGGGACGAGCAGGGGGCCACCCUCUGCAGCUUCCCCGUCUACAGAUGAGGAAGCCGAGACACCGAGAGCUUAAGAAAGCAGCCCGUCCCACAGCUGGUAAGGGGCAGAGCUGGAGUUGGAUGCAGGUCUGUGCCCCUGAUCUCACUCACAGCCUCCCUAGAGCUCCAUGGCCUCCACCGUGACCCGAUGAUGAGAAUCGCGCCUCCUCCAGCACUUGUGAGGAUCAGAAAUCAUCUUAACAUGCCUGGUAUGCAGUAGGUGCUUAAUAAAUGACAGCUACCAUUGCUAUCAUCCUUCCAGCACCAACACUCUGUAUUUCCACCCGUCGGAACAGUCCAAGGGAAAAGCUGGGGUCUGGUUUGGGAACUGGCCCCGGCGGGGCAGCUGCAGAGCCCCCUUUGUGCAGGAAAAGAAACCAGUGCUCUGACCGUGGGGCCUUGCAGGCUCGGCCUCUUUGGGCUCAUCCUUCCAUAGCCUCAACAGUCGGGGGUGGCUGAACUCCUGCAGGUGCAGGCUUGGGAGCAAGCCCGUAAGAGUGGACGGAACGUCUAGGUGCCAUGGAUGUGGCUGCCCCGGUGCCAUGAGCAGAGAGCCAAGCCCGUUGUCAUCUCAGAGGCUCAGAUGUGCAUCAUGGUCCCAUCUGCCAAAAGAAGCACUGACGUCAUCCCCAGGGACCUUGUGUCUUUCAUGGAACGUGUGCUCAGAGAGACAGCAGAGCCCCUCAGACCACCGCCUGCUGUUUCCAGUUUCCAGCUUGGCUCUCGUGACCCGGAGCACUGGGGGGAGUGCAUCCCAUGGGGGACCGGCACACACAGGUAAUGGGCCUUCCAAACUCAUUCCAGAAGCAUGAGUUUGGGGCCAGGCUGGGUGGAAGAUCUGGAGGUCAUCGGUGCCCCUAGGAAGCUGCAGGAAUCGAGGCAGCUGGGAGAGGUUGGAGUGUGGGGAGAAACAGGCUGGAGACAGAAUCCAAGCUCUCAAGGCAUCGCUCAGAGCCCACGCUCAGAAAAGCCCCGAGCUUAGUUCAAUGCUAUGCUGUCGCCACCCUUCUCAGAAAUUCCUACCGAUUUUUCAAUUAUUAAGAAUCAGGGGCCACAUUUUCGUUUUGCACUGGGCCCCCUGAACCACGUGCCCAGUCCUGCCCCUGACGCUGUCCUUCACUCCUAGGGCAGGGCUGCAACAUGGUGGGCACCAGGUGCCCACGGAGACGGAAGCAUGUGGUCGGAUGGAAGAGGUGCCAGGAGCCAGCAGAGUGGCGGAAGCAGAGGAGAGGGUUUCAGAGGGGAGGUGCGUCCCUGGGUUCUUUGCCCUGGACCACAGUGAGGAUGGCAGAGCAUUUGCCCCCAGGCGUGCGGUCCUGCCAGUUGAGGCCAAUGCCCACCAGCGAGCGGAGUGGCUGCUAUUCCCAGACUCUUUUUCCACUCAGACCCUCCAUCCUUCCAAACUGAAGACAAAGCAGGGUCUCUGAUGAGGGGCUGAUGUUUGUUUCCACCCAGCCCGUUGACACAACUUCGGAUUUUUCUUUAGGGAGCUUCUUUCUCCAGAAAGCACUGCUGGUACUGAUUACACCCUGACUGGGGGAAAUGACCACCAUAAAGAUAUCAAUCCCCAUGGACUUCCUCGCCCCUGCAGGGGAGGUCUCCAGCUGGGCCAGCUCAGGCCCCAUCCUCAGUACCCCUUCUGUAGCGGGCUGGAAGCCCCAGAACUUCUCCCUGAGCCAUCGCAGCCAAGGUGACAGACCUGGUUGGAAAACAGGUGCUAACAGCCCAGAAUGUGUCAUCAGCCUGGGCUGAGAUUGUAACUUCUCCCCACGGACCCCUCCCCCAUCACCAUCGGCACCACCAAAGGAAGGAAAGAAAAUACUCCAGAGGGACUGGAUUAAGGUCUUUCAGCUCAGAAAGAGGGGGAUUAGGCAGAAGCUGGUAAAGAAAUGGUCUUCUGGGAAUUCCCUGGCGGUCCAGUGGUUAGGACUCUGCACUUCCACUGCAGGCCUGGGUUUGAUCUCUGGUAGGGGAAGUAAUAUCCCACAAGCCGUGCAGCAUGGCCAAAAACAAGAUAGUCUUCCUUUCCAGGAAGAACUGAGCCACAGGAAAUGGUCUUAAACAUCCACAGGGAAGAUUUUGAUCAGGGGUGAAAAAGAGUUUCACAAUAGCACAGAUCUUGAGAGACCUACAGAGAACACCGAAUGAGAAAAUUGACCUGUGCAGGCGCAUCGGCUACGUGGGGGGAGUCUCUGUAUUCCACGAAGCCCCUCUCACAGGCUUUGCAUAGGUGGUUGGUAAGUAAACGCCUGAAGUUAUGCAUGAAAGCUUUUCUAAGAUAUCCCAAGAGAUACCAGCUGCAUUUCCAAGAACCAGGCUCUCCAAACAAAAAUCUGGGUCCAAAGUCCUCUACGUAAUUUUGAAAGUAAAUUUUCAGUUCUUGGAUCUGGAGGCUUUGUGGCCUCAUCUAAGUCUCAGAUUCUGCACAGUCACAAUUUCAAAAAAUAAUACAGUGUUCCCAGCGGAGACGCUCCGGGACUGGAGGAGGACUCUUUGUAACCCAAAACCUGUGAGGAAACUCAGUUCUGGCGCCAAAGAGAGGUUUCCACUGAAAGGGAACAAAAACAGGCAAAGAGGUUUUGCAACAGGCAAGCGCUCUGUUUAAAAAAAAUGCAGGGACGUCAGGAAACUCCAAAGAACUGGCUAAAAACAAGAUUUCUUUAACCUAGAACAUGGGGACUUCAACAAGGCGUAGGAAAUUGGAUGCUGGAAUCCGGCCCCACCAACAUUCUCAAUUCUAACCUUCGUCGACCUGCUGGAAGGGAGGUGGUAGGUGAGGAAAAGGACAUUUCCUUCAUCUGGGAUCGCAUCUUCAUCAGGACUGGUCUCUGCUAUUGUGCAGACAAAGCUCCAUUCAUGGUGCUUGGAGAAGGAACUAUCAGAUACUGAUUCCAACGUGAGUUUCAUUCAUUCAUUUAUAAAUCUUACAAUUAUUUGUUGACUGUCUGCUCCCUGCCAGGCACUAGGCUGUUUACUGGAGAUGAGAAACACCUGCCUUCAGGUAGCUACUGUUCAGUGAAAGCACCAACAGGUGGGCUGCAGAACUGAAACAUCUCCAGGACCGGAGAUCCCGAGUCACCCAAGAGAUGUGGGGUGCAUCACAACUGCCCAAGCUACAUCAUUGUGUGUAUUCCCAACACAUGAAAACCUCAGUGCUGAUUAGGCUUUGAGAGGAACCAAGUCCAUCCCUUACUGUGUUACAUCUGAUGAUUGCAAGAUUUUUCCCCAGCCCAGCCUCAAGCUCCAUAAAUGUCGAGUCUCAUUUCUCUUCGCCACCCCAUCCUCCCGUGCCCUGGAGUCAUCGGAUGUCUUCACGUGGCACUGAGACCACAGAGCAGUGGUGGGAGAAGCAUCCCGGAGGCCGUUUCUCUACCAGAAUGUGUGUGGAUAACGUGACUGUACACGGAGUGACUGCAGCCUGCCUAAAUCAGGGAGGAAAGUGAGGGCAGCUGUGACCGACCGCACCUACAAAUUGUCUGCAAACACACCACGGGAGCACCUUGCAGGGACACUCCCGGGCUGUGGAGGGAGUCGCCCUACGAGGGUCCAGAAGCAGAAGCCUGAGUCUACUUUUCCUCAAGCCACCUGCUUUGGGGAUUACGGACCCAGAAGGGAGGGGAAGAGCCCAGAGGAAGGUGUAUGGCAGACAUCCGGGGAUUUGUCUUCCCCUUUCGGGUGAAUCUUUGGAUUUAAUAUCCAUAUUUUCCUCACUGGAAAUGAAAUUACAUGGUGCGGUACAUUCUUAGCCAUGAAAAUAACUGGUCAAAUCAUAGCGCAUCUUUAAAGUUUCUCAUGCACAGUGCCAAAUUAUGCUCCUCAAAAUUCUGCCCCGACCAGAGCAGGAGGACACUUUGACAGUACAAAGCCGGGCUCCAGAGGUUCUUCCAGGAUUGGUCCCACAGUUAUCUGCUUGGAGCUGCAGCAACUGCCGAGGCAGCCCACUCCUUUCCGGGACAAGGCUUAGUAGAAGGAACCAGAAGACCCGCCUUCCUCUCCCAGGCCUGCUGCUUGCUGGCCAUGCAACCUCCGGCAAGACAGAAGGGUCGGGAACAAGCAGACUGUCCACAUCAGUUCAGAAAUGACAGUGGAGGAUCCCAGGCUAAGCCCGAGCUGAGUCCCAAGUGACCUGCUUCCAGCCCCAGCUCAGCCGGGGACCAGCUGGUUAACCUGAGGCAGGAGCCUUAGUUGCAUCACUCCCAACAAUACAAAACAUGCACAAGUACUGCAGAGCUAUAUAAUUUAAUAAGUAUCACGUAUCAUUGUUUGGAAAAUUAAAAUUCAGCUGGACUAAAGACCUCAGAAAUCCCUGCUGGCUGCGUGGCUCUAGCGUUCUCUACGGCAGACGAAGAGGGUUAAUUGGUAGAGGACUCGGGGUGGGAGAUGGGGAGGGAAGCCAGGUGGUUUUACCUAAACACUAAAAGCAGAGAAACAAGCACACACCCUCUCCCAAUUCUGUGAUUUUUUUCACCCGUCUCAGCUGGAACAAAAGGCCUUUUGUGAGCUUAGUGGAGCCUGACUUCGCACACUUUUCUGUCUCCUUCUCCUUCUGUGUGGGAAAAAACAAGCCGUUCCAUCCGGGUUUGCUAGGUUCCUUUGAAGGCCUUGCGGCUUUGGUUCAGGCAAACAGGAACCUGGCCGGGCCGCCUCCGCCCUGCUGAGGGAGCUUUUUGGCAGGACUUUCUCCCGGCCUCCUCGUGCAGAGAUUGCAGAGGGGGAGGGGAAGGGGAGCACGGGAUGGGCGUGGGGGGAGAGCAGGGCUGCAGGUGCUGUGCCAGGCGAGGGACCUGAGUGCUUAGCAAGCAGGGCGCUGGGCCCUUUCUUGUGUGAUGGGAACCCACCGACAUCCCCUCACUGAAUCCUCUCCUGCGCCCAGGGAGGAGGCGGGAACCACGGCCUGGUUCCACAUCAGGAACCGAAGCUCGCAGGGCGGCCUGCCUUUGCCGGAGGCCACACGGACCAGGAAACUAAUACAGAGGGAAACCAGCGCAAGGAGGAUUCAAAUCAGCUGGAGAAGAUGCUGGGGACUGGUUUAGUCCACUCCGGCUGCCAUACCAGAGCACCACACGGGGGCUUAAACAACAGACAGUCACUGUCUCAGUCUGGAGUCUGGGAGUCCGAGAUCAAGGUGUCAGCACAGCUGGUCUCCUCGGAGGCCUCUCUCCUUGCUGUGUAGGCGGCCACCCUCUUCACGUGGCCAUCCCUGUGGGCACACGCACUCCUGGCUUCUCCCUGUGUCCUAAUCUUUUCUUAUAGGGACACCAGCCAGAUUAUGGGCCUCAUUUUAACAAAUCAUCUCUGUGAAGACCCUGUUUCCAAAUAGUCACGUUCUGAGGUGCGGGGGGAGGGGUUAGGGCUUCAACAUGGGAAUUCGGGGGCACGUAACAGGGAGCCUCCAAGCCUGCCUCAUUCCCACAAGGCCCUCACUUUUCUGGCAGCUUCCAGACCUCCCUAGGGCCCAGCUUGAGCCCAGGCAGCCUCAGCCUGUAGAACCAGUUAGAGCUGCCAAGAGAACAGGUCGGGGCAGUCCAGGGGGUGUGGGUUUGCAGAAGAGACCUGGAGUUCCCUGAGGACUGGUGGUCAGGACAGGACCCAGGCACCGGGCAUGGAGGAACUCAAUCUCUCCCAGGCCAGACCCCAGAGCCACUCUCCCAGUCCUAACAAGGGCCGCUGAAGGCACCGGGGAACAAGCGGCAGUGGCGGGUGGCAGGCAGUGGGAUCGGGAGUUAGACCUGCUCUGGUGACUUGGCUCUUUGCAGGGACAUUGACACAGAAGGGCCAGAAGAGGCAGUGAAGCAUGCAACAUGCAGCCCCCAAUGCAGCCCAGGACUGAGAGAGGAGAGGUCUCCUGAUUCCUCCCUCUCCCGACACCACCCAGGCCCCUGAUCACACGUGGCCCCAGAGCCUCAGGCAGCAGGAGUGACGCAGACUGCCUUCCAGACUCCCUCCUCGCUGACCUGUAUCCUCCAGCCUCCACUGGGCUCCCCUCCCCACUUCUCCAGGCCAGGAUGGACUCGCUCACACCCACAAACUGCAAAGGUGCAGGGCGUGUUUCAGACAGAAGACAGCCCAUGCCAGGUACGCGAAUGGAGAAGAUUCGAUACAUAUAGUUACAUAAGGUAUAAAAUUGCUAUGCUGGUGACUCAAAAGGUAAAGAGAACUUGACAGUAUCAUCCCCGAGGCUGAGGCAGCAAAGGGAACGGCUGGGAUUAUUAAAACGCGGAAACAUGGGCCUGGGACCCCAACCUCGGAGGGAGGGGGUCUGGCGGAUGCUGGCGUGUCUGAGGUGCCAUGAAGUUGUUUUUACAAGCGUUGGAAAAGCCACGAAGGGAUUCAGCUCCCCACCCCGAUCCUCUGCCUCUGAGACGCUGAGUGUUUCUACAGCUUCUUCAUAAAAACACAACUCACAUCCACGCGGAGAGAAUCACAUCCUUCCCGAACUCUUUCCUCCUGCAUCACCACCGGCCUGUCUCAGCCAAGGGUGAAAAGUCUCGGAAUCUAACAGGGUGACCGUUGAACCCAACCCUGACCCUUUUUCUCUCUUGCUACUUCAGCUUGUGUGAUGGUUGAUUUUAGGUGUCAACCUCAUGGGGCUGACUGAUGCCCAGGUAGCUGGUAGAAUAUGAUUUCUGCCUGUGGCUACGAGGGCGUUUCUAGAAGAGAUUCACAUUUGAAUCGGUGGGUGAGGAAAGCUGACCCCCCUCCCCGAGGUGAUGGACCACGUUCAAUUCUUUGAGGGCUCACGUGGAACCAAAGGUGGAGGAAGGGGAAUCCACUCUCUCUGUUGAGCUAGGACGUCCAUAUUCUCCUGCCCUCAGACGUCGGUGCUUGUGGUUUUCAGGCCUUUGGACUUGGAUUGAAUCACACCCCAGCUCUCCUGGGCCUCUCAGAUGGUGGGACUUCUGACUUCUCAGCCUCCAUAAUCACGGAGAAAACCAAACCAUAAAAGCAUCAGUCUCAUGAAGACCAGACAAUCAGGGCUGAAUAAUCAUCAGCGCUUCCAAACCACCAGGGGUCUGAGGUCUCUACAGACCUACGCUUCCAGGAGCUUUGCAUUUAUCAGGACUGGCAAGAAGCAUCGAGUCCAGCACGACACGUUGUCUUGUGCAGACUCUACUUGAACACUUCUGGUGACGGGGAGCUCUCCACCUUGCGUUGGGAGAAGGUCUUGAUAAUCAGGAAGCCCUCCCUCACAGGGAGCCCAGACCCUCUUCCCAGGUUGUGCACACCCCCUGGGGCAUCUACUGGGCCUCGCACGUAUAGGAGCUCCCCGCACACCUCACAAGAUAAAAAAUGCCCGUCUCACAUCAAAGAAACUUCUCUGCAUUAUGAGUCACCCGGCAUCUUUCAGGCUGGACAUUUUCUCCCCUAAUAACCAGACCUUCCCUGAGCUCAGCCAGGCCAAAUGUUUCAUCUCCAUGCGUGUCCUGUUUGAGCACCAGGGGAAGUCGUCGUGGGUACAUCUGAUCUUAGAGCUGGGAGCAAACAAUACAUCAAAGGCAGCUCCUUUUGAAAGUAGCGACUGCCCUGUUACAAUCCAGCGACAAAUUCCACCUGGCAUUCCAGGAGGAAAUCCCAGCUGACCUCUCCCUCCUCGAGAUCCUCCAGAGCUUAACUUACGCCCGCACCGUCCAUCAGACAGUUCAUCACGUGCUCUUUCCAGGCGUCUUUUGUCCUGGAGAGAGUCUGAGUAGACAGAGCAUUUCUCCUUCCCCAGCCCCACAUUCUGAUCACAAGCAAAGUGUGGGGCCGCAGAGAACUCACUGAGUUUUCUGGCUGAGGAGUUACACCCCAGAGACCCUCGUGGUGCCACUGCUGCACCACAGCGCUGGGGGGCGUGGCCUGGAAGAAGACUGAACUCAGCGCCUGCCUGGGGUGGGGGGUCUCCCCGCAGGACAAGGGGAGCCAGCUAGCACGUUCGGAUGGCACUUGUGCAUCGUGGCGUGGGAGGGUGGCACGAGCCUUCCCAUGAGCUGAGCGGACGCGGCAGAAGGGACAGGCUAACCCGGAAGGAAGGCAGCUCCUGGGGUGCAGGAGCAGAGCUAAGGGAAGGAGACAGGAGCCCAGCUAGCGAGGGUGUCCCCCACAUCGGGGAAAGCUGCUGUGCUAGGGACUCACCCCUGGAGAAGGCCAGCAACGGUGCCUGGCAUGAAGAGACCACUCUGGACCACAGCACCACUGCCCCCUGCAUCUCUCCUCUUCAUCCCGACCCCAAGGAGCCCGGAACCGAGGCAGGAGGCUCCAGCCCAAACCUGGGAGGGCAGUGGCCAAGGCUGGACAGGGCUGGACCUCGCUCCUACACUUCUGGGCACACAUGCCCCGACGCUGACAGGAGCCCCGGGCCCCCUCCUGGCAUGGGGAAGGACACUGUGCCCUCCAGCUGCCUACUUCAGAAGCGGGGUCCUGGGCAGAAAGGAGGGGCAAGGCGAUGGUCUCCAUCUGGACGCAGGAAGGAGGCACCAUCCUAACCAUCCCUCAACGACACCACCUGUUAGGGAAGAUUUCCCCUGGGCUCCUCCCAGGGGACUUGAAACUCGCUGUGUGUGGUAUUGAUCUCACCUUUGAUUCCCAAAUGCCCUGGAAUGUCUGGCACAAAGAAAGUGCUUCCAAGAUAUUCACUGGAUUGAGUUUAACAAGGAGCCCAGUGUCUGGAGACAGCUCUGGUGUUUUCAGCAUCACAGAAUCAGCCAGCUGUCUGGUUCUAUCACCCUUUACAAGUGACAAAGGCAUCCUGCCUGAAAUCACUGUCUUGGAGGCGGGAGAGACUUUGGAGGAAGGAAAUGUAGUUCCAAGUCAAGAUCGUUACAUACUUCAGUGUAUUGGGGCCCAGAUAAAUCAUAGUUGAUACAAUCUGAAAUUCUCUCCCAAGCGUCCUUAUAUGAGCGAUUCAUCCUACAGCCAUAACUCAGUUUUACAUAGAUGCACUUUUUUUGGUAAGUGCACGAACUUUUUUAUGGGUCUUCCCCUCCACAGAGGAUGCCUCAGCAAAGUGCUUAAUAAAUUGAGAGAACCAUGUCAGCACAUAUUUUAGAGUGUAGACCCUUGGUGCAGUUUUGCACUGACCAUAGCCAUGGGUGAACUUUUGAUCUUUGAUCAAGUGGGCUUUUUUUUUUUUUUAACUCUUCCCCAAGAUCCACAAUACCUCUGGGUAACCUGGACCAUAUAAAUAUUUAACCAAGUUGUUCCACGUGGGAUUUUCAAGUAUGAAUGAUGCAAUCUCCCUCGUAAGAAAAAUCUAUGUUCCCCUGAUUUGCAGUCACAACCCACCACCCCUGCAGACCCACCCCCACCCCUCGCACACUGCCUUUUUCUUACCACACACACACUGUCUGGAGAGAGAGCCAAGGGACCUCCGGGGAGGAAACUGCGAAGAAACGGAAUGUCUAAAUAAAGUCAAGUCUUCUCA